UAGACCCUGCCGUUGCAGAGAAAUAUGAUGUAUUGUGAUUUCAGUAAAAACGUGUAAAUAAUUUCUAUGUGUUCAUGAUGCUGUUAAAUUGAUGAGGAAGUGUGUACAGAAAAACUGAGUUUCUGAUGAUUGCAACAUAGAAUAAAUGUCUGGAGAUGACAGAAUCAUACAUAACCUUCCUACAAACGGAGUAUGGAUGUCCAGUGCUUUUAGUCUUAUGCAUCGUACUCUAUGCAUAUUUGUGAUGUUUUAGGACUCAGUGGCCAUGGAGGAUGUGGCUGUGAACUUCACCUCGGAGGAGUGGGCUUUACUGAAUCCUUCACAGAGGAAACUCUACAGAGAUGUGAUGUCAGAAAUCUUCAGGAACCUGGCCUCAAUAGAAAAAACAUGGGAAGAUCAUGAUAUUGAAGAUCAGUACAAAAACCAGGGGCGAAAACUAAGAAGUGAUGUGGUAGAGAGACUCCGUGAAAGUGAAGAGGGUAGUCAGUGUGGAGAAAAAAUCAGUGUUAUUCCAAAUCUCAAUCUGAACAGGAAAACUACAGGAGAAAAAACAUGUGAAUGCAGUGCAUGUGGAAAAGUCUUCACGCAUUAUUCAUCCCUUAAUAGACACAUUAGAUGCCAUAGUGAACACAAAUCAUAUGACUAUCAAAAACAUGGAGAGAAGCCAUAUAACUGUAAGGAAUGUGGGAAAGCCUUCUGUUUCCCCAGUUUUCUUCAAAGACACGAAAGGAUUCACACUGGAGAGAAACCGUUUGAAUGUACAAUAUGUGGUAAAGCCUUCAGGUUUUCUGGUUAUGUUCAAGUACAUGAAAGAACUCAUACUGGAGAGAAAUCCUAUGAAUGUAAAAAAUGCAGUAAAGCCUUUAGUUUUCCCCGUUCUCUUCAAAUACAUGAAAAAACUCACACUGAAGGGAAGCCUUUUGAAUGUAAAAUAUGUGGUAAAGGCUUCAGUUUUUCCAGUAAUGCUCAAGUACAUGAAAGAACUCAUACUGGAGAGAAACCCUAUGAAUGUAAAAAAUGCAAUAAAGCAUUCACUUCUUCCAGUUCUCUUCGAAUACAUGAAAGAGUUCAUACUGGAGAGAAACCCUAUGAAUGUAAGGAAUGUGGGAAAACUUUUAUAAAUCCCUCAGGCCUUCGAUCACACAUGUUCUUUCACACUGGAGAUGGACCUUAUAAGUGUAAGGAAUGUGAGAAAGCAUUCAUUUCUCCCAGUGCAUUUCGAAUACAUGAAAGGAGUCACACUAGAGAGAAACCAUAUGAAUGUAAAGAAUGCAGUAAAGCCUUCAGUUAUAUCAGUUCUCUUCAGAUACAUGAAAGAACUCAUACUGGAGAGAAACCCUAUGAAUGUAAAAUAUGUGGCAAAGCCUUCAGGUUUUCCAGUAAUGUUAAAAAACAUGAAAGAACUCAUACUGGAGAGAAAUCCUAUGAAUAUAAAACAUGCGGUAAAGCAUUCAGUUCUUCCAGUUCUCUUCAGGCACAUGAAAGAAGUCAUACAGGAUGGAAACCCUAUGAAUGUAAAAAAUGCAGUAAAGCAUUCACUUCUUCUUAUUAUCUUCAAAUACACGAAAGAACUCAUACUGGAGAGAAACCGUAUAAAUGUAAAAUAUGUGGUAAAGCUUUCAGGUUUUCCAGUAAUGUUCAAGUGCAUGAAAGAACUCAUACUGGAGAGAAACCCUAUGAAUGUGAAAAAUGCAGUAAAGCCUUCAGUUUUCCCAGUUCUCUUCAAAUCCAUGAAAGAACUCACAUUGAAGGGAAGCCUUUUGAAUGUAAAGUAUGUGGUAAAGGCUUCAGUUUUUCCAGUAAUGUUCAAGUACAUGAAAGAACUCAUACUGGAGAGAAACCCUAUGAAUGUAAAAAAUGCAAUAAAGCAUUCACUUCUUCUAGUUCUCUUCAAAUACAUGAAAGAAUUCAUACUGGAGAGAAACCCUAUGAAUGUAAGGAAUGUGGGAAAACUUUUAUAAAUCCCUCUGGCCUUCGAUCGCAUAUGUUCUUUCACACUGGAGAUGGACCUUAUAAGUGUAAAGAAUGUGAGAAGGCAUUCCUUUCUCCUAGUGCAUUUCGAAUACAUGAAAGGAGUCACACUGGAGAGAAACCCUAUAAAUGUAAAGAAUGCAAUAAAGCAUUCAGUUGUACAAGUUCUCUUAAAACACAUGAAAGAACUCAUACUGGAGAGAAACCCUAUGAAUGUAAAAUAUGUGGUAAAGCCUUCAGGUUUUCCAGUAAUGUUAAAAACCAUGAAAGAACUCAUACUGGAGAGAAAUCCUAUGUAUAUAAAAAAUGCAGUAAUGCAUUCAAGUCUUCCAGUUCUCUUCAAACACAUGAAAGAAGUCAUGCAGGAUGGAAACCCAAAUAA